GGCAAAUGGUGUUUGUUUGUUUUUUUUCGUUUACUCUAUUUUGACCGAGAAGGAAGUGUGAAAUGAAACCGCCGCUGAACAGGACAGACGGGACACAACAGUUCUGGGAGGAACUUGCUGAUUGUUGGGGAUUUGGUUGUUAAAUAACUUGACCUGCUGCACUGGUUUACACAGUAACUUUUAAGUAUGAUUUUUGGGUGUGCCAGCAGGCUGAGAUGGACUGAUUUUUGUUCUGCACCUUGGUGCCGUACUUCCUGGAGGACAGAGGAAAUUGCUUUACUCUGAUAAAAGUUUUUGAACUUUUUUUUGGGGGGGGGGUGGACUGCAGAGUGAGAGGAGGGCGUCGAUGGGAGCUGUGACUCAUGGGAAAGCAGCAAUCACAGCUCACAGAGCAAUCAGGCGCUCCGGUUCGUCCCAGCGGAAGAGAUGUUGUUUACUUGUUUACAAAGGGACCAGCUCUGUGUGCGUGGCCACCGUCGGGUUUUUGUUAUUCCUGGGACUCUCUCUGUUCUACCUACCGGACCCGUCCGCGCCGGAACCAGCUGUCUCUGAGGAAAGCAGUCAUGUGACGCUGCUCCUGAUCUGGGCGCAUCCGUUCGAACGGUACCGGAAACUUCCGAACUGCUCCGCGCUCUUCCAGAUCCACAAGUGCACGCUCACCGACGACAGGCGCGCGUACCCGCAGGCUGACGCCGUGAUCAUCCACCACCGCGAUGUUGCCAUCGGCAGAGCGGAACUGCCGACGGAACCGCGGCCAGGUGCGCAAAAGUGGAUAUGGAUGAACUACGAGUCCCCCACGCACACACCCGCGCUGUGGCUUUUUGAGGGUGUGUUCAACCUCACUCUGAGCUACCGGACAGAUUCAGAUAUUUUCCUGCCGUACGGGUAUCUGAUCCCCCGCGUGGGCACAGCCAAGAGUCUCCAGAACCGCUACGCGCACCCGCUCCACAAACCCUCGCGCUCAAAUGUCAUUCGGCCCCGUUUCGUGGCCUGGGUCAUCAGCAACUGGUCCGAGUCCCACGCGCGCGUGGCCUUUUACUACAAGCUCCGCCGGUACAUCAACGUGGAUGUGUUCGGGCGCGCGGGUCUGCCGUUACCGGAGGGCAGAGGGAGCGUGGUGCGGCUGCUCGGGCGCUACCAGUUCUACCUGGCGCUGGAGAACUCGCAGCACACGGACUACAUCACAGAGAAGUUGUGGAACGCGGUAAAGGCCGGCGCCGUCCCGGUGGUCCUGGGUCCGCCCAGGAAGAACUACGAGAGAUUCCUGCCCCCGGAGGCCUUCAUCCACGUGGACGACUUCCCUACGGUCCGAGGGCUGGCGCGGUACCUGCGGAUGCUGAGGCGCAACCCGGACCGGCUGAGGCGGCACCUGGAGUGGAGGGAGGGCUACAGUCUGCACCAGACCGCCUUCUGGGCUGAGCACUACUGCACGGCCUGCAGGGCGGUGAGGAGGACCAGGGGCAAGACUGAUGUGGUCAAAACUCUGACAAAAUGGUACCGGACUGAAGUGAACUGAUGGCAAGAUUGUAACUUCUCUCUCUGUGACAGUGAGAGAGGAAAAGUCAAACUGCUGCUUUCAAAGUUUAAAAGAAAUCUAUGAAUCUAUUAUCAUCAACCAGGGCUGUGAAUUUAUUUAAAUUAUGACUCAAAAUUGAGAGUUUUUCAAAACUUAUUUUGCUUGUGUACUGUUACAUUUUUUCAGCAGUACCCAGAGUAAAGAUUAACACAGUUUCUGAAAAUUAUUUAUAGGCCAUGGACUCUCAUCUCAUCUACUGUCUACUUUACCUGAGAGGGCUUUACAGUCUUUACAGCUCAGAGCCCUGAAACUAGGCUACCUUUGUCUUUGUCCAUACUGUUGUUGUUUAAUGUGUUAAGCUACUGGUUUCAGUUGUUUGCAUUACAAUAAGAAAGUCAGCUGGCAGAGAUAAGAGUUGCUCAAGGUGACUGAUUAUUAGUUAGUUUCUUUGCACAUGUCAAAUAUGUCAAAAUCCUCACUUGGUUUAUUUUAUUACAAGACAAUUCACUGACAAAUAAUAAAGGUGAUAAAUUGCAAGUUGA